AUGUCGAACCUGGCCCCUGGGCUAAGCGAACGUUUCAUCAACCUGAAAGACAAGCGUCCAAUCGAGGUAUGGGAGGAUCUAUGGCAAGAAGAAAAGACUCCCUGGGAUAGAGGGGUACAUAAUCCAGCGUUGGAGGAUGUUCUUGUGCAGAAGUCUGACAUUCUGGAGAGUGCGGUUGUAAAGUCGGAGGGACAAGAGAAACUGCGUAAGAAGGCACUUGUGCCUGGAUGUGGUAGGGGCGUGGAUUGUUUUCUGCUUGCCUCUUUUGGGUAUGACACCUACGGCCUGGAAUACAGCACUACAGCCUUGGAAGCGUGCCGGAAAGAAACAGCAAAAUACGGGGACACGGUGAAACCAAGAGACCUAGAGAUUGGUGGUGGAAAGGUGAUUUUUUUGCAGGGAGAUUUUUUCGAGGACGAGUGGCUUAAGGGAGCUGGGUUGGAAGAAGGGUGUUUUGAUCUAAUCUAUGAUUAUACUUUUUUCUGUGCUCUCAAUCCUUCGUUACGUCCAGGAUGGGCUCUGAGGCAUUCUCAACUCCUCGCACCAUCCCCACGGGGUCAUCUCAUAUGCAUUGAGUUUCCAACCAUGAAAGAUCCAGCUCUGGGAGGUCCACCGUUUGCCUCCACACCUGAAGCGUAUCUAGAGCAUCUUAACCACCCUGGGGAACACAUCCCAUACGACGACAAGGGCAAUGUACAGACCGGCCUGUACGAAAAAGUGAGUGAUAAGGGUUUUAUACGUAUUGCACAUUGGCACCCAGAGCAUACCCACGAGGUCGGCAAAGAUGCUGAUGGCACCGUGCGGGAUUGGAUAUCUAUCUGGCGCCACCAGUAA